AUGAUACAAAGAUUUGUCGAGACUCCGCUGGCAGUGCGGCCACAGCAACAAGCAUUUUUAUCGCCGUUGGAUGCGGCGUGGGAUCCUUCAUUGCCAACUGAAGAUGUAGACGAGUACUGCUGGACGCCUCUGCAGCUCGCUGCUAGAAGCGGGGAUCUUCAGGCUGUUCGAGAUAUCCUCGCCUCAGCAGGUACCUUUGCCGUCAACGAACCUCCAAAAGGCUAUUAUGGCCAAACGGCCCUACAAGCAGCCUGCAUGCAAGGACAUGAAGCCGUCGUGAAAUGUCUGCUCGCCGCUGGAGCGGAUAUUCAUUUCUGCGGUGGAAAUAACUUUCAGCGUACUGGGCUACAGAUUGCUUGCGGGCAGGGGAAUGAAAGGGUCGUCCGCCUGCUUCUAGAAGCAAGCUCAGAGGUCAACAUGAGUCCCGCAACGAAUCACGGCAUCCGGAUACUUACAGGAAGCCAACAAGAGGGGCACUCGCCGCCGAAAGUUUAUGCUGUCGCUCGCUACAAUGGAAGAACUGCGCUGCAGGCAGCAUCAGAACGCGGCCAUCUCACCAUCGUGAAGCUGCUCUUGGAUCGUGGUGCCGAGGUGAAUGCGCCCCCGUCGCCAGUAGCAGGUCGUACCGCUUUACAGGCAGCGGCAAGGGGCGGUUUUAGGGUAAUCGUGCAGCUGCUGCUUUCUCUUGGGGCGCAGGUCAAUGCCCCGUCAGCAAGGUAUAAGGGCAUUACAGCUCUUCAGGGGGCAUGCCUGCAAGGCAAUUCGGAGAUCGUGGAGCUUUUACUCAGGUCAGGCGCUGAUGUACAUGCCUCAGGCGGCGGCUACGAUGGUGACGGGACUGCUUUGCAUGCGGCUGCUGAGAAAGGACAUCUGGAGGUUGUGAAAAGGCUCAUCGGCGCUGGUGCCGAUGUCAAUGCGACCUCUAAUCGCAGGGGGCAGACUCCAUUGCAAGGGGCGCUGGCUGGAGGACACGAAUUGGUCGUCGAAUAUCUCAAAGGUUUGGGCGCUGUGGGUAGGACUGGGGGAGGUUUCUUUAUCUUUGAUCAUUCAGCUGGCUAG